AUGGGUCGCCGUCCCGCCCGUUGCUACCGUUACUGCAAGAACAAGCCGUACCCCAAGUCGAGGUACAACCGUGGUGUUCCCGACUCCAAGAUUCGUAUUUUCGAUCUUGGCCGUAAGCGUGCAUCCGUCGACGAGUUCCCCUUCUGCUGCCACUUGGUCUCCGACGAGUACGAGCAGCUUUCUUCGGAAGCUCUCGAAGCCGCCCGUAUCUGCGCCAACAAGUAUGUCACCAAGACCUCCGGCAAGGAUUCCUUCCACAUGCGUGUAAGGCCGCAUCCUUUCCACGUCAUCCGUAUCAACAAGAUGUUGUCGUGUGCCGGAGCCGAUAGGCUCCAGACCGGUAUGCGUGGCGCUUGGGGCAAGCCCUACGGCACCGUCGCCCGUGUCAACAUUGGCCAGAUCAUCCUUUCCAUCCGUUGCAAGGACGCAAACGCCCCCGUCAUCCAGGAGGCUCUCCGUCGUGCUCGCUACAAGUUCCCCGGAAGGCAGAAGAUCAUCGUCUCGCGCAAGUGGGGCUUCACGAACGUCAACAGGGAGGACUACCCCAAGUUGAAGGAGGAUAAGAGGGUGAUCCAGGACGGUGCUUACGUGCAGUUCAUCCGCCCCAAGGGCCCCUUGGAGCAGAACUUGCGCAACCAGCUCAAGGCUUAA